AUGCCAGAGCAUAACGGAACUGUCCAUGAUUUCGGGAAAUUAGCGACACGCAGCCUGAGAAUGCGAGACCUCAGCCGCUACGGGGAGUGGGUGCAGCUUGCAGAUGCGCAGGCCCUGAGCGCGGCGGAGCUGUGCGGAGCCGCCAUGCGGCGGCGUCUGUCUCACCGGGACUCCCGAGCCCUGCCGUCCUGCGACAGCAGCCCCGAGGCCUCACCCUGCGGCCGCGCACCGCCCCCCUGCUGCUUCUGCUGGUGCUGCUGCUGCAGCUGCUCCUGCUUGGCCAUGAAGGGCAGGGAGAAGGGAGUGUGCAACAGCAGGAGAACCUCCAACGUCUCCACACUGGGCAGCUUGCAGAGGACUGACGAGAGUGGCAGGCUGAGCGUGUCGGAGGUGUCCUCCUGGGCCCUGUCCUUCUCGGCUCUGCUGGAGAGCCCCGCGGGCCGUGCCGUCUUCAUGGAGUUCCUGCGCUCCGAGCACAGCGACGAGAACAUGCUCUUCUGGCAGGCCUGCGAGGGGCUGAAGGCCGAGACGCACCGGGCAGCCGUGGCCGAGCGCGCCAAGCAGAUCUACCUGGACUACAUCUCCAUCCUGUCCCCUAAAGAGGUCAGCAUCGACGCCACCGUCCGCGAGACCAUCAACAGCAACAUGGCGGUGCCCACAGCACACAUCUUCGACGACGCCCAGGCGCAGAUCUUCGCCCUGAUGCACCGGGACUCCUACCCACGGUUCCUCAACUCACCGCUCUACCAGUCCCUGCUGCAGAGUCUGGGGCCUGCAGUUCCCUCUGGUGACAGCUAG